AUGGACAAAAUCUGUUCGGUUCAGCUCUGCCUUGGGCUCCUAACUGUUUUCUCCAUAAUGCUGUUGAUACCGUCUGCACAUGGAAAACCUCUUGCACUACAAGAAAACCCAGAGUUUCCGGAGAGAGGAGACACCAAUCACCAAGACGUGCUCCUGACUCUGCUGCUUAACAAAAACCUCGGCUGGAGGCAACCCGCGGAUAGCAACCUGGAGCUGGCAAAGAAAUUUGAAGAACUUGAACAGCUGGAGAAGUUAAAGGAGCAGCUUUUGGCUGGGGAAGGCUCUGAAGAGGCCUACGCCGAGGCAGGCCUGCUGCCAUCACACCCUGACAAACGUGCCUGCUUUUGGAAAUACUGCGUGUGA